AUGUCGUCCAUCAACAUUGUCAAGUACUAUUUCCAAGCUACCCAAGUCCCCAGAAGCGAAGUUCGGAUGAGGCAACUCAUUGCAUUGGCGUAUCAGACUGCACGCGACAAACAGCUCUACCCAAAGGCUGUAAUUGUUCGGAGCGAAGUUCACGCAACAACGACCAUCAACGGGAGACAUCAGAAAGAUCCCAAGGGCGACCACGUCACAUUCAGCUACAAGACGCAGGAUCACUUGGGUCGCGAGACUCAUGUCGCCUUUCAUGGCUAUGUCAAGGACCCCGGUACGUUGGAGUUCAAGGAGGCGACCCAUGCAGCUGAGAAGGCCGACUCAACCGUAAAGGGGAAUAAGAAGCCGGCUUGGCCACAAGACGAAGACCUCUGGGAGGCGCCAGAUGUAGGUUAUGGACAUAUGCCUUGA